GUUUCGUAAAACGCCAGCCGCACCUCAAGCCAACCUCUCGCUUUUUCGAGAGUGUCCUAUGAACUCUCUCAUUACGCUCCUUUUUCGCACUGCUUACACUGUCUCCCUCGCUUUGUCUGCCUCUGCCUUCCAAGGGCUUCCCUAUCACCAAAAGCCUUACUACCGUUACUCGCAUAACAAACAACACCCGUGCCUCGAGCUGCCACUCUCUCAUGUCCACUCUGCGCCCAGACGACCGCAAGGGGCGCUCACGGUCAAAGUCGCCCGGUCGCGGACGCGAACGAUCUCGCAGCAAUGUACGGGCGCCUUCGCCAGGACCGCAGCACUACACCCAACCACACGGCUCAUUAGCUGAACAUGCUUAUGGCCAUGGGGGAGCUACCCCGCAGCCGCAAUAUGAGCUUAGGCAACCAGGACAACACCACGCGACACAACCGGGGAGCGAACCCAUAACCAUGGGCAACUAUACAGACCUUCCUCCAGACCAGCGUCCGGCAUAUAUACAACAAGCGCAAGCAGCGGCCCAUUACCAGUAUACUGCGACGGCGGAAAGAGGGCCUGUUUCGCCAGGCAUAUCAUAUGCGCAACCGAACAUACAGUAUGCGACGACCGGUGGACAGUACGCGUAUACACCCGCUCCCGCUACCCAAGGUGGACCUACGCGAAAUCCCUCCGCGAGCGGAGGCUUUCAGUACGCGGCCCCUCCCGACAAGAUUACCUUCACCGCGAAGCCAGUCGUUCCCACAGCUCAGGCGCCUCCGCCCGUACGCCAUGCACCUACCGCCAGCCAGUCAUCUGCGAGUCAGCAUUCGCAACUGCAACCGCAAUCGCAAUCGCAGCCGCAGCAACAGUACUACACUUCAAUGCCUGCGCCGCCACCGCCGCCUCCUCAACCUACUCAACAGCAGUAUCCUCCCCCUCCCCCUGGACCGUACCCCGGACACUCCGAACACCAUCGUACGCCUUCGCACGGCGGACACCCAAGCGCAUACAAUGGCCAUCACGUCGUCGAGGUUACUCCUCAAGGAGGAGGGAAGCUCAACGCUCCGCCUUCGCCUGGGUUACGUCCACAUAGUCAUUCGGUCAGCGGUGGGCGGCCCGAUAACUUGACGAACCGGAUGGAGAGGCUGUCAGUCAGCGGAAACAGGCCGGAUAUACAGACUCUGGUUCCAGGCGGAUAUCAUGGCGGUGGUGAAGGCAGCCUUCCUCCUCCUAGUCCCAUGCUGGAGGCAUAUCACGGUGUCUAUCAGUCCAUAUCACCGAUGCCGCAUGCUUUGAUGCUACCGGAUGAUGAUAUCGACCAUCUUCAACCCCUUGAUAGUCUCUCCCCACGUGGAUCCAGCACGUCCCUGCAUGGAGGAAGACGCCGUGCGCAUUCGUCUGCUAGUCGACGCUCUCCUAGCCCCGCACGCAGAUCCAAACACAAAGACAAGCUGGCCAUGGCUGCAUACGGCAGUCUUGCCGGAGCCUCAGGUCGCGACCGGGAUCGCGAAAAGGAAAAGCGCGUCAAGAUCUAUGAUGCCGAGGAGGAUGCGCUCGCCCUCGUGGACGCCCUCUCCUCCCGCCCACCGGACGCGGACACGCUCAUCGACAUUCUGCCCAUACUCUCGCACGACCAGAUGAUGGAGCUGCGCUCGGAAUAUAAACGCCACUGCAAAGUCCAGGGUCGAGGCAUCAACAUUGCGAAACACAUCAAGCUCAAGACGAGCGGCAACUUUGGCAAAAUCGCCUACGUGACGGCGCUGGGUCGCUACGAGAGCGAGGGAUACUGGGCAAACUACUGGUACCAGUCCGGCAACGCGAGACGCGAGCUUCUGAUCGAAGCACUCAUGGGACGCCAGAACUACGAAAUCCGCGAGAUCAAGGAUGCGUUCAAGGAUAAGCGGUAUGGGGAUAGCUUGACGAGGUGUAUGGAUAAGGAGCUCAAGGCGGAUAAGUUUCGAAGAGCGGUGUUGAUGGCGCUCGAGGGGGAGAGGCAGGAGGAGAGCGAUGUGUGGGAUGUGGAGUAUAGGAACCGCGAUGUGGAUACUUUGUACAAGGCGCUGAAGGCGAGGGAGGGCGGAGAGAGCGCAAUGCUGAAUAUCAUCGUGAUGCGGAGUGAUGCGCAUUUGAGGGAGGUGUUGAGGACGUACGAGAGGAAGUACGGAGGGAAUUUCGCGAGGGAGGCGUUGCGCAAGAGCAAUAAUCUUGUGGGCGAAGUCAUCGCGCACAUUCUCAACGGCGUCAUCAACCGCCCCUCCCGCGACGCCAUGCUCCUGCACCACGCCCUCAUGGACCUCAUCGAGCCAUCCCACUCGCCGUCGCGCUCCUCCUCCAACAAAGAAUCGUCCUCAGCUAAGCACGAGCGCCAGCAGCGCUACGAACUUCUCAUUUCGCGGCUCGUGAGACUGCAUUGGGAUCGCAUGCACCUGGCCAGGGUGAAGGCGGAGUACGAGGAGAAGUAUAAGAGGCUGUUGGAGGAGGAUAUUGAAGAGGCGACCAAGGGGGAUUUUCGGGAGUUUUGUCUUGCCAUUUGUCAGACUGGGCGGUAGGUGGGUGAGAUCGGGUGGAGUGAAGAUCCCGGAUGUGAUGUAGGAAAAGAAAAAAUCAGGAUCUGACACGAUAUAGUGAAUGGGGUAAUGGUACUUGGAUAAGGGCAGGCUCGGGUUUCUUCUGUUGUUGAUACAUGUUGGGAACUGGUUCGGAAAUCUGGCUCUUCCUUUCCGGCUUGUUCGCCAAAGAUGGGAUUUCGAGAUGCUAUGAUACCUACUUGCGAAUUUUUGAUAUUUGGCACAUUCAUCUUCGCCUUCCAUUCGGGGUGCACAACCGUCGCGUUGUGGCUAUCUAGCCACUCUGCAUGAUCAGCUCAUACGAUGGAAGAAGCAUGCCGUUAUUCGCUAC